CUUAGAGUCUAUGCUCUCCCACCCUGUCAUUGAUCAACUCUCGAUCCCCGGAGCGUUGAGUUCCUUUCAAACAAUAUAUUUGCAGGACAGGUAUAUGAUGAGUGCACGGUUCUUCCACCCACUGUCCCUCUGUCCUAAUGCCUCACUUCCGCCCAUGACAUUCCACCCUACCUUGAACUCCAUCCCAUAUAAACUUGGCCAGGCAUACCUGCACAUAGUCAGAAUGACUGAACCUGAUCCCUCCCCACCAUGCACAUACCCCACAAACCCCAACGAGCCCUCUCUACCUGUCUCAAGAACAACGGGCGCCUGAAUGCCACCAGGCACAAGCAGGGGUCUAAGGUUGGGCGACUCUAUCAUGGAAUUCUCUGCAGGAAAGAAGGUACGGUACAAGGCCGCGUCAGCAGAGACGUUCUUGAGAAAGGCUGCUUCCUAGCCACACGCCACUGGCAAACCCCCCGCAAGGUCCACCUGCAGGUUUGACUGCACUGCUGUACGUUGAUAUUUGCUGAAUCCCAAGGGGAGUUUUCCGCGGGAACAGAAGAAGUCGUUCGAGCUGAUUAGGCCCAAUGAAAAUACUGAAGUUGCUAGCCAAUAUGACGUUCCCCCGUACUGCGGGUGUAUGAACUUACUUUCUCAUGCACGGAGGAGUGCUUACGUAUAUUUGAUGAGAUACCCAGGUCACGGUAGGUGUGUUGCUCCGGUGGUAGGAGAGGGGUGGCCGUGGGCUUGGUUGCUUGCGCGAUCUAGCAGCCUGUUUAAAGCAAGUCGAUCAAGCAGAUGCUUGUAGUUAUCGUCAAAGAAAGAUGGCUUGUUGAGGGGAAAGUAGGAAGAUGCGAUUCUCGCUGGCGGUCGUCAUCGUGCCUUGAAAUAACAACUGCGUACGCCGCUAUGAUCUAUGAUGUUCCGGAGCCGUUUGUCCUUGCGCAAAGACAAGCUAUUCGAAAUAAUCGUCAGCAAGCAAAGUUGGCGACGCAGACAGUGGUGAGUCAGGCGAAUUGGAAUGUUGUCGCAUCCCGCGAUGAGGGCGAUGUUAUCGAAAGCGCAGUUCGAUCAAUGCAGUGUUCUGGAUGGUUAGGCCAAUGAUGGAGUGAAAGGAAAAUAAACCAGGUGUAGACCUCAGGAUGUAGCAGGCUACCUAAUUGAGAAACACUGUUACUUCCUUCUGAGGCCAAAGCGAUGUUUCCUGGAUGUAAACGCUUGCGAUUUUCACUUCGGGUGGCGGCCACUUCUCCUACCAAGCCUAUACUCACUGUGUACUUGAUAUAUUGUUACUCUGUCGGGUAUAAUUUUUUAAAAAACAGUGAAUUGACAGUAA